AUGGCACAAUCCGUUUCGGUGGUUGGCAAAGAGCAGCAGUCGAUGCUGAGCGAGCAUCAUACAACGCCGAAGAAAAAAGUAACAUUGGCGCUUGCAGAAUGCGGUAGCGGCAACACAAGCAAAAACGAAGAUGAUUCUAUAUUUCGUACGCUGGAGAAUUUUACUGCCCCCAAUGGUACAGCCAGUCCUAAGCUUCCCACCAUUAAGGACUUUAGCAUCCUGAAACCAAUAAGCCGCGGUGCGUUCGGGAAAGUGUUUCUAGGUUAUAAAAAAAGCGAUCAAAACAAACUGUACGCCAUCAAGGUGAUGCAAAAGACGGAGAUGAUCAACAAAAACAUGGUCUCGCAGGUGAUAACGGAACGGAACGCGCUGGCCCUGUCGCGCAGUCCGUACUGUGUGACGCUGUACUAUUCGCUGCAAACACUGUCCUCCGUGUACCUCGUGAUGGAGUAUAUGGUGGGUGGCGAUCUGAAGUCGCUGCUGGCCAUGUACGGGUUUUUCGACGAACCUACGGCCCGGUUCUAUGCGGCCGAAAUCUGUCUCGCCCUGCAGUACCUACACGGGCACGGUAUCGUGCAUCGGGACAUUAAGCCGGAUAAUAUGCUAGUGGCUGCAUCCGGGCACGUGAAGCUUACCGAUUUUGGAUUGAGCCGUAUCGAAAUGCGAAGAGAUCUGGAAAUAUCGGACCUGAUUAACUGUUCCCCGAAUUUGAACGCACGCACACCGGGCCAGCUGCUGUCACUUACUUCUCACCUGUCUUUUGGUUCGCACGAUAAGCGCAUUGUAGCGGAUGCGGUCGCUGCUAGCAUUUCAUGUUCCAAUCGACGAAUACGGGAGGAAUCUUCUGACCACGAGUCGGACAGUUCGUUUGGCCAGUCGAGACAACAGAACGAUAGUAAAAUGUCGGGCGUAAGUCCGUUCUUUUCCGCGGAACAGAAUGUAAGCUCAUGCGAAGAGGUAAAAGCGGCGAUCCCGUCGGAAGCUACGAUCGUGGAGGAAAAGUUCGACUCGUCCUCGUACUACACGUGUAAUUCGAGUGAUGAGGGGAAAACGAGUUCGAGCGGUAGCUGUGAAUCGGUGAAGAUAGUUCGAUUAAGUUUGCAGCCGGCUUCAGAACCCUCGCAGGAGAAAGAAAACGUGCACAGCACGAACAGUGGCGAGGAGAAAACGAGGUUGAAAGAUCCGUUCGAAUGCUUAAUGGUGUCGAAAAAGUUGCAUCAAAAUUAUACGGAAGAUUCCGGAGUUUCUAGCAGAAAGAGUGACAUUUCCAACAUCCCGUGCGAGCUGUCCGCAAUUGAAAAGGUGGAAAAUCAUUCAAACAACAGCAAUAAGGAUUUUAGUUCGGAUUUUUCGAGAAGUUACAGCAUGAGCAACAUAACGGAAAUUUCCCACUCUCCCGUGCGGAACGGUGGUAUGCGUGGAUUUAAAAGGCCCGAUUUUCUUAGAGGUGUGAAAAGAGGACGCCAUUUGGUGAAUCGGGUAGACUCGUUAGCAUCGGACGUGGAGGGCGCCAGCACGGGACUAACGCAGGAAAUCGACGUGCUCGAUAUCUGCAGUGAGAUGCAUCGAAGUACGCCCAAAAAACGCAAAGCAGCUUCCCCGAUCAAGGGUGUACUAAAGGUACGAUCUCUUUCCGACGAUGAGAUGCAAACAGGCGAUAACGUGCUGAUCGCGAACGUGAUGUUCUCUACGCCCGUUUCCUCCCAAAAACUACGCCGCGAAGGUGGUGGACAGUUGGGAAAGCUGAAAAGCACCCGAUUUCAGCUACCCUCUUCGAUCGAUCAAUCGCGCAACAAGGUAAAAGCGUACAGUGAGGCACUGCCACCGCAUUUCAUCAAAAUGCCGGACGAAUCGGUCAUGUCACCGAUCUGUACCAAUAAUACGGCAACGGUCGAGUGCGACAGUACGGCCACGAGUGUUGAUGUCGUUGGGCUAGCGAUCGAUAAUACACCGAAAGCGGUAAAAACACCGUUCCGCACACCGAAAUCGGUACGGCGCGCUCCGUUAGGAUCGGAUGAGCGAAUACUCGGUACGCCCGACUAUCUGGCGCCGGAGCUUUUGCUACAGCAGGGACAUGGACCGGCAGUCGAUUGGUGGGCGCUUGGUGUCUGUCUGUACGAGUUUCUGACCGGUGUGCCACCGUUUAAUGACGAGACACCGCAGAAAGUGUUCGAAAACAUACUCGGGCGACUGAUCGAGUGGCCGACGGGCGAAGAGUCACUCUCGGUGGAAGCGGUCGAAGCGGUCGAGCAGUUGCUCGAGAUGGACCAAACGAAACGGCCAGCGGCGGAACAGAUGCAACGGAUGUCGUUCUUUGGUUGCAUUGAUUGGCAGCACGUAAGUCUGAUGGAACCACCGUUCAUACCGAACCCGGAUGAUCCGCAGGAUACUGGCUAUUUUGAAGCACGCAACGUGAUGCAGCAUCUGAAGCUUUCCAACUUCAAUUUGGAUGCUUUUUAGCGAGAUGUGAAGCCGACAAAAAAAAACUGCGGAACACAGCUGGAUACUGGCCGUAA